AUGCUUUUCUCGCGCAAGUAUUAUACAUUCAUGGUCAUGUGCUUUGCUGUAUGGAUAGUUUUAUCAUAUUUGUACACUUUUAUUAUACAACGUCAAUAUUGGCUUCAAAAAGUCAUGACAACAAAGUUAACAGCAACAGUAGAAAGCAAUACAGCGAAAAAAGUCGAAUCUGAUUUUGAAAAACGCACUUUUUGGCAUAUCCCAAUUACUGAUAUCCAACGUGCAAGUCUUCCAAUACGUAAAUCAACAUCACAAUCGAAUGAAAUGUCUUUUAUUCUUGCUAAUUCAACGGUUGCUUUUAUGGCUUGUUGCCGUAAUUCAAGUACUCUUUUGCCUAAAUUCCGGCAACGUGUUCAAAAUAUUGGCGAACUUUUUGCCGAUUACUAUAUACUCAUUGGUGAAUCAGACUCGUCAGAUGAUACCUUGCGAUAUCUUCGAAACUGGUCGUCAAACGAUUCACAUCUAUUUAUACAAAAUUAUGAUAAAUUGGACGGGAUAUUUUCACGACGUACCGUUCGUAUAGCAUUUUGUCGAAACAGCCUGUUGAAUACAGCACGAUUGCGAGGAUGGAUCCAGAAAGCCCAAUUUUUAAUUGUUAUGGAUAUCGAUAUCAACUCAAAUGAAGUUCUAAGUAGAGAAACCUUUUUAACAAACUUUGAGUAUCCAUUGAACAGCUGGGCUGCAAUGACCGCAUCUCAAUCUGUAAGUAUAGAAACACUUCAAAGCCCGAUCUAUAGGUUUUGUUUACAAGCAGGAGGUCACAUGUUGUCGGUAAUUGACUUUUUGACGAUUGCAUUCUAA